CUGUAUGUAAACAAACGGCCACGUCAUUUUACAUUACGGAGAAAAAUCUUAUUUUCGCUGCCUUUUCGUUUUGAAUUCACCUUAAUUUUAUCACCGGCAAUACAAGCGAGCUCAGAGACAUAAGUACGUAUCGAAUGGCAUUACUGAUAUAUUACACAUAGCGUAAAUAUUUAAGAAAUUGGAAAGGAGGAGGCGGCAUCUGGUAACUCUAGAAGCGUACGUGUUGAAUAGAGUGUUGAUAAGGAGCCGUUCAUUUGAUCACUCUUUUGUUAGAUAUUCACCCCACUAAGGACUAACUAUGGCCAGUGGAGAGGAAGGAAAGAGGGCUCUCCUCACUGGCAUAACAGGACAGGAUGGCUCCUACCUGGCAGAGCUCCUCCUCGGCAAGGGAUACCAGGUUCACGGGAUCAUCAGAAGGUCCUCCUCCUUCAACACAGGCCGUAUCCGUCAUCUGUACGAGGACACCAAGAUCCACAGUAACGGUCGGAUGCAGCUCCAUUAUGGUGACCUGACAGAUUCAACAUGCCUUGUUAAGAUUAUAUCACUAGUCAAGCCAGAUGAGAUUUAUAACUUAGGUGCUCAGAGCCACGUUAAGGUAUCCUUUGAUCUGGCAGAAUACACAGGAAAUGUAGAUGCCAUGGGAACGCUUCGUCUCCUAGAUGCCAUAAGAACUUGUGGCAUGGAAAAGAAGGUCAAAUUCUACCAGGCCUCCACGUCAGAACUUUACGGAAAGGUCCAGGAAAUUCCCCAGAAAGAGACCACCCCCUUUUAUCCGAGAUCUCCCUAUGGUGCUGCAAAACUCUAUGCUUACUGGAUAGUUGUGAACUACCGAGAGGCCUAUGGCAUGUUUGCCUGUAAUGGCAUCCUCUUCAAUCACGAAUCUCCCAGAAGAGGUGAAACAUUUGUCACUCGUAAGAUCACCCGGUCAGUGGCCAAGAUACACUUAGGAUUCCUAGACAAGUUUGAACUCGGAAAUAUCGACUCGCAGAGAGAUUGGGGUCAUGCAAAAGACUAUGUUGAGGGAAUGUGGAAGAUGCUCCAAAAAGAAGAACCCGAGGACUUUGUUCUGGCCACAGGUGAAGUCCAUUCCGUCCGAGAGUUUGUUGAGGCUGCAUUCAAAGAGAUUGGACGUGAGAUUUACUGGGAAGGCUCAGGUGUUGAUGAAGUUGGAAAGGAAAAAGGAUCAGACAUUGUGAGAGUGAAGAUCAACCCUAAGUAUUACCGACCUGCUGAAGUAGACUUCCUGCAAGGAGACGCAUCGAAGGCCAGGGAGAAGAUUGGCUGGAAAACUUCCUACGAUUUCCCGGCCCUUGUGAAGGACAUGGUAGAGGCCGACAUCGAGCUCAUGAGGAGGGACCCGGGCGCAUAGUGUGUUGUGAUGCGGCGGUGCUCGUGUGCUACGGUGCUCGCAAGAGGGCGCGGUUGUUGACGUUGAGAGGAAGGGAAAACAGAAGAAGAAAAAAAAAAGAAAAGAAAAGAAAAGAAAUGAAAUGUGCUGUGUUUUUUGCGUCUUAUUCUCAUUCACCGAAAUGUGAUACUAGUUGGGGAGGGGGGGGGGGGGCGAUUCCACACUUUGAUUAAUUUGUAUUUCCCCUCUUUUUAUUUGCUGUAGUUUUUUUUUAUAUAGUUAUUUUAUCACUUAUUUUGUAAGACGCUUGUUGGUAGGAUUUAAAAAAAAGAGAGAAAGAAAAGAUCUUUGUAAUAAGUCUUCAUGUUGCAUUUAUUUUUAAGAUGAUUCUUUUUUUCUCUCUCUUAGAGUGCAAUGCUGUAGUUUUAGUUUUCCAUUUUCAUUGUUAGGCUUGUUAGUAAUUUUUCUUCCCUGCACAGAAGACUUUCUUUUAUUCUCUUCUUAUGGGCUAAUUUGUCCAUAAAUUCUCGAGGUAGCUUUGGGGAACAGGGGAAAUACGUUUAUAUAUAUAUAUAUAUAUCUUUGCAUAAGACUGUUAUUUUGUAAUGAGCACAGAAUCGGAGGGUAAAGCCAGCCGGUGUGAUGUAGUGUUAAGAAUCGCCGGGCAUUACGUAGAGGUUGUAUAUUGUGAUUUUCAGUAUUUAAGUCCUUUUCUUCCUGUGCCAGUAGUGUGUGUGUGUGUUUGUUUGUUUGUUUGUUUGUUUGUUUGUUUUGUUUUGUUUGUUGGUGAGUGAGUGGCCAGUAUUCCCAUUAUUUCCGGGGUAUCGAAGUGCUAAUAUCGUUGCGGUCAUUUGUCGAAAACGACCGGGACAAGGUAAUGAGGUAGUUAGGCCACGGCACUCUCUCCCUCCCCCUCUCUCCCUCCCCCUCUCUCCCUCCCCCUCUCCCUCUCCCUCCCCCUCUCCCUCUCCCUCCCCCUCCCCCUCUCCCUCUCCCUCUCCCUCUCCCUCUCCCUCUCCCUCUCCCUCUCGACCGAAGCCUCUGUACAGACUACAAAGGUAUGUUUGCCUCACCUGCCUGAGAGCCAGAUGGGGGUAAACUGUUAUGAACGCGAGGAUUUAACGUUUUCCCAACAACCAAAUAUUUCGAUGGUUUAUGUGUUCGUGAGAUGACUGCACGUGCGUCUGUGUGGAGUUUUAUGUUCGUGGAAUGAGUAUGUGAGAUCCUCCCUUAGGCCCUCCGUUUUUUUUUUUCUUUUUUUUUUUUUCAUGGGGGGGGGGGGGG